AUGGAUUUUCAAUCCGAAUUCACAAAUAAUGAUCCAAAUGGAUAUCAAACGAUUGGCAGACAAGUGGAAAUAGAUUCAAAUGAUAAUCAAAGAUUAAUCAUUGAAGAAUUGUUCGAAUCAACGAUGAAUGCAAUGGAAACGGUCCCAAACGUUCGGCGAACCAAAAAUCAAUGCCUUCAAACAUCAUCAUCAUCAUCAAUUUCGGCCACAAUCAAUCAAGCACCGACUAAAAGACGUUCAGAACGAUUAUCCACUAAGCGUUCAAACGAUGUUGUUGUUAAUGCUGCAAUCGAUGAUAAUCAGGAAUCAGAUCUCUCAGGUUCUACAACAGAUGAUGAUGAAGAUGAAGAUGAAUAUACAGCACCUAAAAAUCGAAAAAAAGCAACAACAAAACAAUCGUCGUCAUCAUUAUCAUGUCCAAAAUGUUCAUUUAAAUUUGAAUCUGAAGCAAUAUUAAAUAGCCAUUUAAAAACACAUGUUCCUGGACGUGAACAAAUAUGUGAAUUAUGUGGUAAUCUAUUCACUAGAAAAUCAGAUCUUGAUCGUCACAAUCGUACCGUACAUUCGGAUGUUAAACGAUUAUUUAAAUGUCAAUUUUGUAAUUAUGCCUGUUCGUUAGAAUUAUCAUUACAAAAAACAUAUACUUAUACAUUCAAACGAUCGUUUGUAUGGUUGUGAUCAUUGUGCCAAACGUUUCUAUCAGCGUCAUGAUCGUGAUCGUCAUAUGCAAACACAUACAAAUGAAAGACCAUAUUAUUGCAAAGAUUGUAAUAUAAAUU